AUGAGUGGCGCCAUCGACUUCCUCGACCUGUACGAUUCGCUGGUGUCGUCAGAUGUCCAGAUCCGCAUCACAGUUCCUGCUGCUGAGGACGACGCGCCGCCGGCAAAGCGGCAGCAGCUAGACCAGCAGGAGGGCCAACAGAAGGAUAGGGAGGGGCGCCGCACUGUCAAAGUGAUCAGCGGCCACACCGUCUUCCUGCAAAAGGCCAGCGACUGGGCCAAGUGCAAGCUGGGACCGGAAUGGCGCAAGGACAUACCGGGCAUGCUGGAUGUCGAGGUGGAGUGCGAGGGCGAGGUGGAAGCUGCCGAGCUGCUGCUCAAGACCUUCUACAGCACCGUGGAUGCGGCCAGGCCACUCCAGGGCGCCAGCCACGCCAUGUUGCUGCAGGUGCUGCUUCUGGCUGAUCGCCUGCGUGCAGAGCGCGCUGUCGAAGCUGCCGUGCAGGUGCUUGUCGGUUCAGCCACAGCUGGCGCAGCCGGUGUCCUGGACUGGGACACGGCAACGGGGGUGUACCAGCUGCCCCCGGCCCUGGCCGACAACCCAGUGCUCAAGCCGCUCUUUGACUACGCCGCUGCAGCAUUGCAGCAGCAGCUGGGCGACCUGGAUGCCACCUUGCUCAACGAGGAACGCCGGGCACAGCUGCUGGCGCUGCCGAUUGCGGCACUGCGGCAGCUGCUCAGCGACGAGCGCACACGCGUGAGCAGCGAGAACACUGUGGUGUACACAGUGGCAGCCUGGAUCAAGCAGAACGCCAGCAGCAGCGCAGAGCAGCACGCCGAGCUGGCGCAGUGCGUGCGGGCGCCGCGGCUGACGCCUCUGUAUACUGCGGCCUUCGCCGCGCAGCUGCUGACCAGCUGGUCGCCGGCCAUCAGCGCUGCUGACAUGCACUACGCGCUGGCUUUUGCAGGGCUGUCAGAGGCAGCUAGGAAAAUGCUGCUUGACGUCGACGGGCUUCCACUUGAACGCCAUGCAGCCUGGCAGCUGCCACCCCGGCGCACGUCCCGCACGACACAGGCUGUUGUGGAAUGGAGGGUUCCCCUGGCGGAGCUGAGGCGGAUAUAUGAGAGCGCGGCAGCUGCCUCGGUGUCUGCCAAGCUUGAGGCGGGCGGGUCCACGGUGCCCGUCAUCACGAAAUCAUUCCUGUGGUUAACGCGAACUGGCCAGGGCUGGGGCUUCCCCAAUGCUUUCGAGCUGGGGGACGUCGCGGAGUGGGACGAGGUGGUGUGGCGCAACAAGGCCCUGGUGGGGCAGGACAGCACGGUCCUGGUGCGCUUCACCAUCAAGGACGUGGUGUGA